GUGUUAGGGUUUUUGGAAUUAGGGUUCUUCAGCCGCCAGUAAGAGCAAGGGAUCUCGGGUCGGGAGCUGAGGCGCUCGGCGGCAAGAUGUCUCUGGUGAGCAAUGAGGAGUUCCAGCACAUUCUUCGUGUGCUCAACACGAAUGUGGACGGGCGGCAGAAGAUUAUGUUCGCGCUGACUUCCAUCAAGGGAAUUGGGCGCCGAUUCGCCAACAUCGUCUGCAAGAAGGCGGAUGUGGACAUGAACAAGAGGGCUGGUGAGCUCACUGCUGCGGAGCUCGAGAACCUCAUGGUGAUCGUUGCCAACCCCCGCCAGUUCAAGAUCCCCGACUGGUUCCUCAACAGGAAGAAGGACUACAAGGACGGGAGGUACUCGCAGGUUGUGGCAAACGCGCUGGACAUGAAGCUCAGGGACGACCUCGAGAGGCUCAAGAAGAUCAGGAACCACCGUGGUCUUCGUCACUACUGGGGUCUGCGCGUCCGCGGGCAGCACACCAAGACCACCGGACGCCGUGGAAGAACCGUGGGAGUCUCCAAGAAGCGAUAGACAGUAUCCUCCAUGGCUUUGUACGAGCAUCGCUUGGUUCUUCUCCUAAGUUUUUGACAAAUGCAUCCUUAUUUUCUUGCCGAGAA